AAAUAAGAACAAAACUCCAGAGUGAGAGUAUUAGAGCAUCAGUUUAGGAGCCUCUUUAUUUACCCUUAGUUUAGUUUAGGUGUAGGCAUCAGCGAGCACUCUGAAAUCGGAUAACGCCAAAUUGGAUGGUGCGCAAAUGGCACAUGUUUUAGCUCAUGCGGUGUCAGUUGUAACCCGAGAUUGAGGGAAUAUAUGUCAAAAAGUAUGCUUUUCAGAGAGGACACUACCGCAAGGCUGUGCGUGGUGUCCAAGGCACUCACUACUGUUUGAGUUUGAUUUUUUUAUUUAUUUUACGCGUGCGCUUUUUUUCUUUUCUUUUUUUUGCAAUUUAAUUUUCCUGAAGUUCGCAAAUUGUAUUGCAGCGGAGAGAGCGAUAAAGGGGUUAAAGAGAGUAAAGCGGGGAAAGUGAAUCAGUAUGGAAGAAAAUGAUCACGGCAACAGAGACGUGGUGGAGCGGCAGGAGUCGGCGGAUGAAUCAAACAGAGCCAUCCUUCCCCUGUUGCAGGCGCCGGGGAACCUGCAGAUCCCUCAUCGGGUCACCAAUUUCUUCAUCGACAACAUCUUGCGGCCGGAUUUCGGCAAAAGAAAGGACGGGGGCGCAAACCGCGAAGAAGGCAGCCUCGCGUCGCGGGAGAGCCACAACAGCCCCGCCGCGCCCCAGACCGAGCCUGUUGGGAGCACGGUGCCGGCGGAGGGGACCUCCACUCCGCAUACAGUUACCGCCGCCAAGAAGCCUGCUAUAGCCGCCGACGAGCCCCUGAAACCCCGCGGGGAGAACGGAGACCAGUGCCUAAGCUCAGACUCAGACAGUUCCCAAGCCAGCUCAAACCCAGCCAGCAAGUCCCAGCCCAUGCUGUGGCCAGCCUGGGUCUACUGCACCCGAUACUCGGACAGGCCUUCUUCAGGGCCCAGAUCCCGCAAACCAAAGCAGAAAUCGACCAGCAAAGAGGACAAGCGACCACGGACGGCCUUCACCGCAGAGCAGCUGCAAAGACUAAAAUCGGAGUUCCAGACAAACCGGUAUCUGACCGAGCAGAGGCGGCAGAACCUGGCGCAGGAACUGGGCCUGAACGAGUCCCAGAUCAAGAUCUGGUUUCAGAACAAGAGGGCCAAAAUCAAGAAGGCCACCGGCCCGAAGAACGGCCUGGCCUUGCACCUGAUGGCACAGGGACUUUACAAUCACGCCACCGUCACGUCGAAAGACGAAAAAUCAGACAGCGAUUGAUGAAUUUCAGAGAAGUAACAGCAGCCUCCUGACGAAAAAGAACCUAUAGUAACCCUAUAUAGUUUUUUUUACAGAUAUCACAGCAAAACUCUACCUACAGGAAUAUUUAAUGACACACAGCAGAUUAAAAAAAUACCACAAAUUAUUAUUUCUAUCACUAUAAUAGAUUAUCCACUGCAGCUCUACAAUGGGUCCAGGACACCAUGAGAAAUAGUUUAAAAAUAUACUACAAAUACACAGUAAGCUCACUGGUCAUCGUAUCGUCCCCACAGGGAUAUCUAAUGAUCUCUAUAUGUUCCUAUAGGAGUAUUAUAGUGAUUUUUCGUUCUAUGGGAGGUUUAAUCAAGCCUACAAUGCAAUAAUUUCAUCGAAUAAAGGGCCAGUGUAUAGAGUAUACCAGCAUAAAUUGUUUAAAAAAAAAAAGAAGAGAUAUUUCUGCAAUAUCACGUCUAUAAAAGAUGUUGUAUAAAGGUAUGUUUUCAUUGUUUGUCGCCCCCCCACACCCCCCAGGAGGUACAAAUGCUUACACCCUUCAUCUUUUAUAUAUAUAGGCCUACUGCUAUAUCCAUGAUUGUCGUCAUUUUACAUUGAACUGGCACUUGACGUUUUUUUCGAUCUGUCAGUGAAAGUGAACAAACUUAAGUCCAAAGAAUAUUUUUCUGCUGCAUCCAGGCUACUGUGAAUUUUAAAUAAAUGCUAACACGAU